GUAGUAAGAUAACAUGGUGAGGAGCUCUUGUGGUGACAAAAAUGGAUUGAGAAAAGGCAAGUGGACUUCUGAAGAAGACCACAAGUUGAUUGCUUAUGUAACUAGAUAUGGCUGUUGGAAUUGGCGACAACUACCUAAAUUUGCAGGUCUUAAAAGGUGUGGAAAGAGUUGUAGACUAAGGUGGUUGAACUAUCUAAGACCAGAUCUCAAAAGAGGGAACUUUACUCAACAAGAAGAAGAUACUAUCAUCAAACUUCAUGAAAAACUGGGUAAUAGAUGGAUUGUGAUUGCUGCAAAUUUACCAGGAAGAACAGAUAAUGAGAUAAAGAAUCAUUGGCACACCAAACUGAAAAAGCUUUCUAUAAAAAAUAAUAAGUCAGAUACUAAACAUGGAAAAGAAAAUGCUAAUGGUUCAAAUUCAACUAAUCAUCCUAGUCCUACAAUGGAAAAAACCAAGAAACUUGAAGGAGAAUUAGAAACCAAUAGUGUUCCAAAUAUUACGAGUCCAUCAUCUUCAAUCCCAUCUUCAAGUGGAACAAUGGAUACUCCAACAAGUACGGAAAUAUCAUAUGAAAAUUAUGUUCUUGAUGAGCUUCCUUUGAUGGAUGCAUAUAUGGAUGUUUUGAAUGAUAAUUUUUGGACAGAACCAUAUAUGAUAGACAGUUCAUAUGUCCCUCCAAGUGAAGAAGCUACAUUAUUACCUGUCUGGUGUGAACUUGAUUACUUCAGUCCUGUGUACGAUGAACAACUUUGGAGCCAUUCAGAAUAAAUCGGUACAGUAGUGUGUGGGUUUACUUUUUAUGGAAAUGCCGUGCAGAUAUUAAUAGCAUCAUUUGACUACUAGUUUUUAUUGUUUUUCCUUUGUC